AUGCCUGGUUUGAAGAACCAAAUUGAACUUGCACCCUGUUUGUUUCCAGAUGACCCUAUAUUCAGUCAGCUGCGCCGAUUCUCCAAAGAAGUACCAGGAAAUGUAAUUCAUGACGAGUACGGCAGUAUAGAUGCCAGCUACGAUGACUUAAUUAACGAUGUUAUUCACUUGCGCCAAGUCCUACAGCGGCGUCUCCCUGACACCUCUUUUGAUGAACGAGGAAUUCUGCAAGACCAUGCAACGUCAAUAGCAUUCCUCGGAUUCAGCGGCUACAACUUCAUAAUUAGCUUCCUAGCUAUUGCUGCUCUAGGGGGUAACUGUGUUCCAUUAAAGCCGGGAAUUGCGUUGGAGAAGACGACGUAUUUUCUCAAUAAAAGCGAUGCUACCUGUGUCCUUACAGAGGCUGAGACUCUUGAUUACGCCGAAGCAACAAGAGAAUAUAUUAAAGCCCAAUCUAGGCAGGAGCUGGAUACCAUUCUAAUAUCAAGGGCAACCUCCUGGCCAAAAGGCUAUGCCGGAUUAGAGCUUAGUGAAUACUUGUCUCUUCCUCCAUGCACUGGAUGCUUGGUUCUGUUUACAUCUGGAACGCUCGGCCAACCGAAAGGGGCUAUUCUCCCUCGCCAACUGUUUUAUUUCACGGAAGGUCAGGAAGACCCAACAAAUUUUUAUCUUGCGUCUAGCCCGAUACACUGGAUAGGCGGCGCAAUGGGACUUCUGAUUUCAGUAUUGAAUGGAGAAAGAAUGCAUAUAAUGAAGAGUGAGUCGGGGCCUGAACAGUUCUGGGAAAUUUUGAAGGAUGGAAAAAUUACAAUUAUGAGCCUGCCUCCAAGGCGUUUAAGGGCAAUGAUGGAAUACUAUAAUGACAACAUUCGUGAUUUCUCGCCCCAGGAACGUGACAAGUAUGUCAAUGGGCUUCGAAGUCUGCAUACCGUUCUCCCGAGCGGCGCGAUGCUUAAUCCCUCUGCAAGGAAAUUUUUUAAAGACCUCGUGAAUAUGCCUAUCAAGAAUGGCUACGGAAUCACCGAGAUGGGUGGAGGUGUGAUGAUCACUCCAGAUGGCUGGGAAAGCUUGGAGCGAUGUAUUGGAACGCCUCUUCCGGGAUUCUCAGUGAAGCUUUCUGAUGGCGAUCGCGGUGAACUCCUUGUCAAAAGUGAUAGCAUGUUUGUCGGUUAUAUCAAUGAUGAGGAGAGGACGCGCAAGGCAUUUGAUGAUGAAGGCUUUUAUAAAACGGGCGACUAUGUUCAUCGUAUUGGGGAUAAAUAUUUUUUCGAUGGAAGAGUUUCAAGUGACUGGAUUCCGGUCUACGACAAGAAAGUGCCUAUUUUAGCCGUCGAGCAGUGCUUAAUGAAUCUGCCGUACAUUUCCGAGGCCCAUAUCCUACCGGUUUUAGACCACGAAGCAAGUGGUGUGGUUGCUGCACUUGUCCGGCCCCGAAAGCGGAAAACGACGGGCGAAGAGUAUGAGCGCAUUACUCUCCAGAAAAUACGCGAGGACCUUACUGCUGCUAAGAUGUCUUGGUACAAGCUGCCCACCCUUCUGCGAGUGCUCCAGGAUGAUGAGGAAGUCCCCAUGACUGCCUCUGACAAGAUUUUGAAGCAAGAAAGCCUCCGUAAAUACUUCCAAAUAUCCGGGUACAUGCCCGAGGGGUAUGCUGUAGAUGGAGUAGAAUACUGUGGGAAUAAGGCUCUUUCCACAAAAUAG